UAGACACCAUUACAGGUCUACUUUAUUGGAUAGACGCUUCAAAACACACCUUGGAAGUGGCCUCUAUACACAAUCUACAGGGAACUAGGACAAUAUUAUAUGUAUACGACGAAUAUGAGGGCUUGUCUGACAUUGCAUUGGACCCUGUUAAUGGGUAUGCAUAUGUAGCAGGCAUGCAGUCGAUAUACAAAUCACACAUGGACGGACAAAAUAUGCAAGUUAUUUUGCAGGAUAACUCCAUGUACAAUCUUGCUAUAACUGUGGACCUUCAGCUAUCUCGUGUGUAUUGGUAUGAUCCGUCCAGGGGCUACUUGGAAUCUUGUGAUAUGAAUGGCGGCAAUAGGACACUGGAGGCACGUGUACAGUCCCUUCCUGGAACAAUGCCUAUAGCAAUGGGUUGACUUUGGAUGCAGAUUAUUUUUACCUUACAGACAUGUAUCUUAACAGGAUCGUCCGAAUAGAAAGAAAUGGUCACGGCACGUUGGAUAUUCUGCAGACAGGCAUUCCGUUUCCAAGCAAGAUUUCAGUCUAUAAUGCUGAUACGAUAUCGCAAGGAACCAACGACUGUGUCAUGAUACUAAACGGAGGAUGUCCUGAUGAUAAAUUAUGUGUGCCUGUCCCAAAUGGAAUCUCAUGUGUUAAUAUCACUGGCGACGAGUUACCGACUUGUGGGGGAGACAUAGUCGUAUAUGAUGGCAGCUCUGUCACACUGACCUCACCAAACUACCCUAACAAUUAUAACAACGAAGACGACUGUGAGUGGAUUGUGAAGGCAUAUCCAGGUGGCUACAUUCACGUGCGGUCCACACAUUUCAAUACGGAAGAGUGUUGUGAUUUUCUCCACAUCGGCUAUGGGGACCACGAAGCUGUCACCCAAUCUGGUUUCCAGUAUCAGUACGUUGAAUGGACAUCGCCUGUGUCUACCAUAUGGAUUAGAUGGAACUCAGAUUCUUCUGUCACUGGAGACGGAUGGGCGCUGGUGCUCACGCAUACAUAUAGUUCACCCUCAGCAUCACCAUAUCCGUGUCCAGAAGGAUACGCGCCUUGCUGGAAUAAUGCUGAAUGUUAUCCAUCAUAUGAACAAUGCAAUGACAAUUGCUACUGUUCGGAUUGUAGUGAUGAGAAUAAUUGUUCACCCUCUGCAUCACCAUAUCCGUGUCCAGAAGGAUAUAUGUCUUGUUGGUAUACCGAUGAAUGUUACCCAUCAUAUGAACAUUGCAAUAACAAUUGCUACUGUUCGGAUUGUAGUGAUGAGAAUAAUUGUUACGCUCCUACUACAAUACCGCCUCCUAUGUGUGGAUAUGGAUGUCUUAAUGGGGGAUACUGUUCUCACUCUUACGACAAUUACUAUACAUGUAGCUGCCCAAUAGAUUAUACAGGAAUGUUUUGUGAAACAGAAAUCAAACAUUGUGAAGAUGUCGAUGUCAUGUGUCUCAAUGGCGGAACAUGUAUGUAUGAUUCUUGCUAUUGCCCUGCUGGUUACACUGGAUCUCUAUGUGAAACAGAGCUCUUUGAUUGCAAUAUGUUCGGCUGUUUUAGUGGGAACUGUACGACAUAUGGUUAUUGCAUCUGUUGGCCUGGAUACACUGGGCAUUUAUGUGAAACAGUCUUACCAACGUGCGAUAGUUGUUCACCAUUUGCACAUUGCGACUACGCACCAUGUGAAUGUAUAUGUACUGAUUAUAAUUGUACAAAUCAGUACCAAUGUAUGAAUAACCAAUGUAUACCAUGGUCAGAAUAUUGUGAUGGUAAUAAUGAUUGCCUUGACGGAAGUGACGAAUGGUACUGCUAUCCUGUUUCAACCCCGUCUCCGUACUGCCCUGCAUUCCAUUCCCCUUGUAGUAACUAUAUCGAAUGCGUACCAAAUGAAGCAAUGUGUAAUGGUACUGCCGAAUGCUCAGAUAAAAGUGAUGAAUUCAACUGUGGAUGUGGAGGAAGUAAUCACAUUCCAAACGGGAAAACAUUUGUAAUGACGUCACCGGGCUACCCCGAUAACUAUGGGAACAACGAUUUGUGCUAUUGGUAUAUCUCUGCUGAUGCUGGAGCAACUAUUUCAAUUCAUUUUGACUAUUUUGAUACUGAAUCAAAUUUCGACUUCAUAAGCAUUGGUUAUGGUUUAGACCCGUAUGACAUAUCUACACGUGUCAUAUACCAAUCAGGCUCCGUGGCGCCAGACGAUUGGUUAUCACCUACAAGCAACAUAUGGAUAAGCUGGGAUUCAGACGGUUCAUUCUAUCAAAAGGGUUGGGUGUUAAGUGUUACUGCACGAGAAGCUUGCACCGAAUCCAUCAAUUUAGGCAUUAAUGAGGUUGUUUCUAUCACGUCGCCAAACUACCCACUUCCUUAUGAUGACCUUAUAGACUGUGUAUGGAUAGUUCAAGCCGAUCCAACCAGGGCAAUUGAUGUUCAUUUUAUUGCUUUCAACACAAAUUAUGACGAAGACUACUUCAGUGGGGGUUUCGGCGAUGACCCAGAUGAUUUAUCAACACAAGCUUUUAUUUACUCUGGUGACGUUUCACCCCCAGACUGGAACUCUGAAUCCACCCUAAUAUGGCUUCGAUUUACUACAGAUGGAUCGAAUACAAACACAGGUUUUCACAUAGAUUUGAAGGAUGACUUCUAUUGUGAAAAUAUUGGCAUUCCACAGUGUGUGAAUCAUCUCCCUUACGGGGGAUCCACUUUCUACAGUCAUCUUGGUCUAUCACGUGAACAAGCCAUGAAACAAAUGGAUAAUCUGACUGACAUCGACGGCUGUCAUGCACAUAUUGAGUUAUUCAUGUGUUCAUUGCUAUCCCCUGAGUGUGGAAUUAAUGGUACAUACAGACAACCAUGCAAGACAUUCUGUCAAGAUGUAGAAUAUGCAUGUGCCGAAGUGUAUGUUCUCAAUGGCUAUGACUGGCCAAUAAACUGUGAAGAUAUGCCAACUAAAAAUGAAAGAUACGACUGCGUCAGAGUCACACCCUGUAUGAGCAAUCCCUGUGUACACGGAGGAACAUGUUUGCCGGUUGAUGAAGAUAGGUCAACGUGUGCUUGUUCCCAUGGUUACACGGGUGAAUUCUGUGAAUUAGAAAUCGAUGAAUGUUCCAGUAAUCCCUGUGAAAACGGUGGCAUCUGCAUUGAUAUGUUGGCUGAUUACACGUGUGUGUGUCAUCAUGGUUGGGGUGGAACGCGAUGUGAUUGUAGGGAUAUCACCGUUGAAACAUGUAGGGACAUGCCCCUCAGUAUGGCGAGACUAUCGAAGUACACGAGUGGUAGUGAUCGUUCUGGUAAUAUCCAAGCACUUGUUAAUUUUUUGGAUAACAUGCGCUACAACAGAGCUGGAACGCCCUGUCACGAACACAUGGAUUUAUUUAUGUGCGCAUUGUUUGCACCAGAGUGCAGCGAGGAAGGCCUGUAUCGACCACCGUGCAUGCACUUCUGUGACCAGGUUAAAACGUCAUGCGAAACUAAGUUCAAUACUGGUGGAAUUGCUUGGCCAAUUGACUGUGACUUAUUGCCACACACAAAUGAUAGUUCUGUGUGUAUUGGUAUACCAACAGUCAAUGACUUGUGUGGGUCAGCACCGGCAGAAUCGAAUAGAAUUGUAGGAGGAUCAGCAGCAUCGUUAGGUACACAUCCAUGGCAAGUCUCCAUACAUGAGCACUCUGCCCAUAAUUGUGGCGCUGUUCUCAUUGAUUCUAACUGGAUAGUUACAGCAGCACAUUGUGUUUAUUCAUCAAGUGUAAGCAACUUAGAGCUACGUAUGGGUUUUACGUCAUUAUCUGCUGGUUCCGUGCAUGAGUACCGAACGCCAGUGAGCGCCAUGUACAUCCACCCAAGCUACUCUACAACUUUCAACCAGUAUGACUUUGCCAUGUUGUACGUUGAAACGCCGAUAAUAUUUACCGAUUACAUCCGACCUAUAUGCCUUCCCCCAGAUGGCAAUGAUGCUUUUUUUGCUGAUGGCGAUGUGUGUGUUAUAACUGGAUGGGGACAAUUGUCUGAAACAUCUUAUGGAACACCCGAUGUCCUACAAGAAGCUGUAGUACCUAUUGUGAACCAAGGUACAUGCAAUGAUAGAUAUGGUGGCGAUAUCUCGUCAUCGAUGAUAUGUGCAGCUUAUCUGGAUACCGGUGGUAUUGAUACUUGUUACGGAGACAGUGGAGGCCCAUUGGUGAGCCAGAAAACUGACGGGCGCUGGUAUCUCGCUGGAUUGACCAGUUGGGGACGCGGUGGCUGUGCUAGCUCAUAUUACCCUGGCGUAUAUUCCCGUGUUACGGAGGGAAUUGCAUGGAUGAACGAGAUAAUGGCUUCAGAGCCUUGAAAAAAAAAAGAAUUUAAGGAAACGCUGACCACGACUGUUUUAUUGAGUUGAGCUUAAUAUUCAAUACAUUCAGAGUAUUUUAAGAUACUAGUUUACGUUGUUAGUUAGUACAGUUAGUACAUCAAACAACAACAUAAACUGAUCCCAAAAUCAUGGAAUAUACUGCCAGGUUUUGAUGGGCCAAAUAAACUCAGGUUAUUUAUACUAACAACGCUUAUAUGAUGUAUCAUGGUAACUGCAGAAUAAUUUGUAUUAUAAAUGUAUAUACACGGAUAUCGCAUGAGGUAACCGUAGUAUAAUUUAUAUUACAAGGUAGCUGUGGAUAUACAUGUAUCACACCGUAGUUGUAGUUAUACCACUUUGGUCAUUGGAUGUCCGUUGGUUUAUCAAAUGGAAACAAGUAAAGUGUGCGUUAUUGGAUAUACCGCCACAGUUUUGGUCAGAGUCUGCGCAAUUUGAAAUACUCGCACCAAAAUAUGCGUUAUAUCCAAUAACCCACUCUUUCGAGUGAGUGUGUCUCAAUUAUACUAUUAAACAAACGAUAAAAUUGAAUGAUUCAGUAAUGGGCUUAAUUUUCAGUGCUGAAAGUGUAAUAAUUUACAUAGAUACAUAACAAAUAGUGUACGCUUUGUCAUUUGCUCAUGAAUAAUUUAUAGAAUACCACUUGACAUUGAAAUGGACCUUCUAAAUGAAAAAGUGGGUUAACAGGAAUAAACACAAAGUUUUUGCCAUAGUCUUGCUGUAAAUUGUACUCGGGCUUGCGCCCUCGUAGAGUUUACUCAAAACAAAAUAGGUGGUUUGUACAUGUAAAUUCACACUUUCUGUGGUGUUUCUAAUAAAUAUAUCACGCAUUAUAGACAACAUACAUAUCACAAGUUAGCUGUGCAUAUACCACAUACAUAGAUAAGUGGCAAAGCAGCACAAUUGCAAAAUUUUGAUUUUUGCAGAAAUUGAUGGAGAAAUUAUAAUUGACAUUUUUACUAUUCAAUAUAUACAUUAUUCAGAUUUGUUUUUUAGAAUCUGAAAUUUGAAGUUUUAGUUGCUGUUGAGUCUUGUAUUAUUAAUUAUGAUCUGAUCGGUAAUCGAAAAGCAAUAUUCCGUUUCUUGGAUUUUAAAAGCCAUUAGAUUAGAUUUAUAAUUAUAAUGUGUCUGUAAUUGCUGUGUUUCAUAAUAAUUGUCCAAGUUAAGCAUUAUUUGUUUGUUUGAAUUGUAUGAACUCGUAUAGAGGCAAGAAUGUACCAUUGUUUUUGUUACAUAUUUGAUUGAAAACUUCACUUGUACGGUCGCCAUUCAUUCUACUGCAAUCUUUCUAUAAUUCGUACAUUAUGAUGAUUAAUAAAAACAUACACAUAUUAUA